GAUCAUUAAAAAUUUCUCAAAAUAUUAGAAAUCCUCUGAGGAUUCGUAUUAAAAACCACAUUAAAUAGGUGCACAAAAACAUACAAACAUUCAAAAUGGAAAAGUAUUGCCGAACUUGUUUCAGACACAAUGAAUUCAAGAAGUUUGAUAUUGACACCGUAUCACAAAUCAGCGACAUACGAAUCGACGGACUGAUCAUGUAUUGCCUACAGGUGCAGAUUAGUCCUCACGAUCGGUUACCUCAGCAGAUCUGUGGAGCAUGUCUAUCUGUACUUAAUUCAAUGUUUCUAUUUCGGAAGCAAUUCUACGAAGCCGACACAGAAUUCCGAAAACUGCUAGAAUAUGCGCAACCCACACAACUGGAAGAAACUGCUACAAGCUUGGAACUAGAACUUAACCUACUGGAUGCAAUAAUUCCUAAUCAAGACUUUUCAAUUGAAACUUUUGAACCGGAACCGGAAGACACAAUUGAUUCCAUUCCUGACGACCAACCACCGGCACCACUGGAAACGCAGGAAAUAAAAAUCGAAGAAAAUUGCAUCGAGCAAGAACCAGAAGAACAAUCCGUUGUAGUGAAGAAGAAACACUCGAAGAUGUUUGAAUGCGAACAAUGCAAACAUAGAGCGUCAUUCAAAGGUAACCUUAAGCGGCACCAAAAAUGUUGGAACCACACCGGAAUCACGGUCAUAGACAUUGAGGAAGAAGCAGACGAACAAUCCGUUGUAGUGAAAUACCGUACGAAGAUAUAUGAAUGUGAACAAUGUAAUCAUAGAGCAUCAUUCAAAGACAACCUUUUGCGGCAUCAACAAUCUUGGAACCACACCGGAAUCAGGACCAUAGAACCAAAGGAUAAGACUCCGCAGAAGGCAAUCAGAAAGCUGCAUUGUUGCGGAGAGUGUAAAUUUCAAACAUUUGUCCAAGCCAACUUUUUACGUCAUCAGAGGAGGUGGAAACACACGAAUUACAACACGCAGGACAUCGAGGUGAAUCAGGUUCUAGAAAAAUGUCCUAACUGUCCCCAUUGUGGUGCACUGCGUGCCAAUCUGCCACAACAUAUCGCAAAGUGGUGCCCAGUGUUGCAUGUAGAAAGGAAAAAGCCACGGAACUAUGUCAAAAAAUAUACAUCUUGGAUUUUGAGAAACGAGAAACGAAUAAUUGAACCAGAAGCGCCUCAGAUUACGAUUAAGAUGGAAACCGAAGAAAACAUUCCUAUGACCGCUGUAGGUCAGGAAACGGAAGAAUCGUCAAAUUCCAUUAUUUCACUGGAAACGCAGGAAAACUCAAUCGUAGAAGAAACAGUCAAAGCUAAAACUACAACACGACCCAUUGUUGUCAAGCGAUACCACUCAAAGGUUUUUGAAUGCGGACAGUGUGACUAUAGGGCAUCAUUUAAAGGUAACCUUGUGCGUCACCAUAAAUCCUUCAAGCACGCCGGAAUUAGGGUAAUGAUUCCAAACGACAGAGCUCCUCAGAAACAAAUCAAGAAACUGCUACAAUGCGAGGAGUGCAGCUAUCAUUCGUUAAUGCCGUUACACUUUGAACGCCACCAGAGUACCUGGAAACAUAAGCAAUGCAGCACGCGGGACAUAGAGGUGGAACUUGUUCUGGAGAAAUGUCCCAAAUGUCCCUAUUGUGGUGCCCAGCGUGCCAAUCUGCAACAACAUAUCGCACAAUGGUGUCCGAAAUAUCGUGGACGCAGGAAGAACAAACAUUGUGUUAAAAAAUCAACUAGCCCACCACGUCCGAGAGUUCCGAAUGCAGCAGCAGCUUCGAUGCAGGCCAAUUAUGUCAAGGUUGAAACCGAGGAAAACUUUGAUGCAGAUCCCUUUUAUCCAUGAUUAUUAAAAUAGGUUAUAUUUAAUAGGUUUAAAACACGUAUGAGCGCAUCUGAAAAUUUGGAAUUAUAAACUUACAAACAUUUGCUUUUGGCUAAUAUUCUACCAAUGAAUCAGAGUUAAUAAAUAAAG